AUGGCGGUUGCCGCAAGCUCACUUCCCGGCCUGGCAGGUCGCUUUUGGCUCCUGGCCAUUACGGCCCGCACCUGCGAGCACGCAACGGACAGGUUAGUAGGCCGAAACUACGGUAACCCUGUUCGCGAUGCACGACGAUGGCGGUUGCCGCAAGCUCACUUCCCGGCCUGGCAGGUCGCUUUUGGCUCCUGGCCAUUACGGCCCGCACCUGCGAGCACGCAACGGACAGGUCGCUUUUGGCUCCUGGCCAUUACGGCCCGCACCUGCGAGCACGCAACGGACAGGUUAGUAGGCCGAAACUACGGUAACCCUGUUCGCGAUGCACGACGAUGGCGGUUGCCGCAAGCUCACUGCACGGCCUGGCAGGCGUGUCCGUAUCAACUACUCGUCUCGUCUCCAGGUCGCUUUUGGCUCCUGGCCAUUACGGCCCGCACCUGCGAGCACGCAACGGACAGGCGUGUCCGUAUCAACUACUCGUCUCCAGGUCGCUUUUGGCUCCUGGCCAUUACGGCCCGCACCUGCGAGCACGCAACGGACAGGUUAGUAGGCCGAAACUACGGUAACCCUGUUCGCGAUGCACGACGAUGGCGGUUGCCGCAAGCUCACUUCCCGGCCUGGCAGGUCGCUUUUGGCUCCUGGCCAUUACGGCCCGCACCUGCGAGCACGCAACGGACAGGUCGCUUUUGGCUCCUGGCCAUUACGGCCCGCACCUGCGAGCACGCAACGGACAGGCGUGUCCGUAUCAACUACUCGUCUCCAGGUCGCUUUUGGCUCCUGGCCAUUACGGCCCGCACCUGCGAGCACGCAACGGACAGGUUAGUAGGCCGAAACUACGGUAACCCUGUUCGCGAUGCACGACGAUGGCGGUUGCCGCAAGCUCACUUCCCGGCCUGGCAGGUGUGUCCGUAUCAACUACUCGUCUCGUCUCCAGGUCGCUUUUGGCUCCUGGCCAUUACGGCCCGCACCUGCGAGCACGCAACGGACAGGUUAGUAGGCCGAAACUACGGUAACCCUGUUCGCGAUGCACGACGAUGGCGGUUGCCGCAAGCUCACUUCCCGGCCUGGCAGGUCGCUUUUGGCUCCUGGCCAUUACGGCCCGCACCUGCGAGCACGCAACGGACAGGUCGCUUUUGGCUCCUGGCCAUUACGGCCCGCACCUGCGAGCACGCAACGGACAGGCGUGUCCGUAUCAACUACUCGUCUCCAGGUCGCUUUUGGCUCCUGGCCAUUACGGCCCGCACCUGCGAGCACGCAACGGACAGCUCACUUCCCGGCCUGGCAGGUCGCUUUUGGCUCCUGGCCAUUACGGCCCGCACCUGCGAGCACGCAACGGACAGGUUAGUAGGCCGAAACUACGGUAACCCUGUUCGCGAUGCACGACGAUGGCGGUUGCCGCAAGCUCACUUCCCGGCCUGGCAGGUCGCUUUUGGCUCCUGGCCAUUACGGCCCGCACCUGCGAGCACGCAACGGACAGGUCGCUUUUGGCUCCUGGCCAUUACGGCCCGCACCUGCGAGCACGCAACGGACAGGUUAGUAGGCCGAAACUACGGUAACCCUGUUCGCGAUGCACGACGAUGGCGGUUGCCGCAAGCUCACUUCCCGGCCUGGCAGGUCGCUUUUGGCUCCUGGCCAUUACGGCCCGCACCUGCGAGCACGCAACGGACAGGUCGCUUUUGGCUCCUGGCCAUUACGGCCCGCACCUGCGAGCACGCAACGGACAGGCGUGUCCGUAUCAACUACUCGUCUCCAGGUCGCUUUUGGCUCCUGGCCAUUACGGCCCGCACCUGCGAGCACGCAACGGACAGCUCACUUCCCGGCCUGGCAGGUCGCUUUUGGCUCCUGGCCAUUACGGCCCGCACCUGCGAGCACGCAACGGACAGGUUAGUAGGCCGAAACUACGGUAACCCUGUUCGCGAUGCACGACGAUGGCGGUUGCCGCAAGCUCACUUCCCGGCCUGGCAGGUCGCUUUUGGCUCCUGGCCAUUACGGCCCGCACCUGCGAGCACGCAACGGACAGGUCGCUUUUGGCUCCUGGCCAUUACGGCCCGCACCUGCGAGCACGCAACGGACAGGUUAGUAGGCCGAAACUACGGUAACCCUGUUCGCGAUGCACGACGAUGGCGGUUGCCGCAAGCUCACUUCCCGGCCUGGCAGGUCGCUUUUGGCUCCUGGCCAUUACGGCCCGCACCUGCGAGCAGCUCACUUCCCGGCCUGGCAGGUCGCUUUUGGCUCCUGGCCAUUACGGCCCGCACCUGCGAGCACGCAACGGACAGGUUAGUAGGCCGAAACUACGGUAACCCUGUUCGCGAUGCACGACGAUGGCGGUUGCCGCAAGCUCACUUCCCGACCUGGCAGGUCGCUUUUGGCUCCUGGCCAUUACGGCCCGCACCUGCGAGCACGCAACGGACAGGUCGCUUUUGGCUCCUGGCCAUUACGGCCCGCACCUGCGAGCACGCAACGGACAGGCGUGUCCGUAUUAACUACUCGUCUCCAGGUCGCUUUUGGCUCCUGGCCAUUACGGCCCGCACCUGCGAGCACGCAACGGACAGGCGUGUCCGUAUCAACUACUCGUCUCCAGGUCGCUUUUGGCUCCUGGCCAUUACGGCCCGCACCUGCGAUCACGCAACGGACAGGCGUGUCCGUAUUAACUACUCGUCUCCAGUUCGCUUUUGGCUCCUGGCCAUUACGGCCCGCACCUGCGAGCACGCAACGGACAGGCGUGUCCGUAUCAACUACUCGUCUCCAGGUCGCUUUUGGCUCCUGGCCAUUACGGCCCGCACCUGCGAGCACGCAACGGACAGGUUAGUAGGCCGAAACUACGGUAACCCUGUUCGCGAUGCACGACGAUGGCGGUUGCCGCAAGCUCACUUCCCGGCCUGGCAGGCGUGUCGCUUUUGGCUCCUGGCCAUUACGGCCCGCACCUGCGAGCACGCAACGGACAGGCGUGUCCGUAUCAACUACUCGUCUCCAGGUCGCUUUUGGCUCCUGGCCAUUACGGCCCGCACCUGCGAUCACGCAACGGACAGGUCGCUUUUGGCUCCUGGCCAUUACGGCCCGCACCUGCGAGCACGCAACGGACAGGUUACUAGGCCGAAACUACGCUCACUUCCCGGCCUGGCAGGCGUGUCCGUAUCAACUACUCGUCUCCAGGUCGCUUUUGGCUCCUGGCCAUUACGGCCCGCACCUGCGAGCACGCAACGGACAGGUCGCUUUUGGCUCCUGGCCAUUACGGCCCGCACCUGCGAGCACGCAACGGACAGGCGUGUCCGUAUCAACUACUCGUCUCCAGGUCGCUUUUGGCUCCUGGCCAUUACGGCCCGCACCUGCGAGCACGCAACGGACAGGCGUGUCCGUAUCAACUACUCGUCUCCAGGUCGCUUUUGGCUCCUGGCCAUUACGGCCCGCACCUGCGAUCACGCAACGGACAGGUUAGUAGGCCGAAACUACGGUAACCCUGUUCGCGAUGCACGACGAUGGCGGUUGCCGCAAGCUCACUUCCCGGCCUGGCAGGCGUGUCCGUAUCAACUACUCGUCUCCAGGUCGCUUUUGGCUCCUGGCCAUUACGGCCCGCACCUGCGAGCACGCAACGGACAGGUUACUAGGCCGAAACUACGGCGUGUCCGUAUCAACUACUCGUCUCCAGGUCGCUUUUGGCUCCUGGCCAUUACGGCCCGCACCUGCGAGCACGCAACGGACAGGCGUGUCCGUAUCAACUACUCGUCUCCAGGUCGCUUUUGGCUCCUGGCCAUUACGGCCCGCACCUGCGAGCACGCAACGGACAGGCGUGUCCGUAUCAACUACUCGUCUCCAGGUCGCUUUUGGCUCCUGGCCAUUACGGCCCGCACCUGCGAGCACGCAACGGACAGGUUACUAGGCCGAAACUACGGUAACCCUGUUCGCGAUGCACGACGAUGGCGGUUGCCGCAAGCUCACUUCACGGCCUGGCAGGCGUGUCGCUUUUGGCUCCUGGCCAUUACGGCCCGCACCUGCGAGCACGCAACGGACAGGUUAGUAGGCCGAAACUACGGUAACCCUGUUCGCGAUGCACGACGAUGGCGGUUGCCGCAAGCUCACUUCCCGGCCUGGCAGGUCGCUUUUGGCUCCUGGCCAUUACGGCCCGCACCUGCGAGCACGCAACGGACAGGUCGCUUUUGGCUCCUGGCCAUUACGGCCCGCACCUGCGAGCACGCAACGGACAGCUCACUUCCCGGCCUGGCAGGUCGCUUUUGGCUCCUGGCCAUUACGGCCCGCACCUGCGAGCACGCAACGGACAGGUUAGUAGGCCGAAACUACGGUAACCCUGUUCGCGAUGCACGACGAUGGCGGUUGCCGCAAGCUCACUUCACGGCCUGGCAGGUCGCUUUUGGCUCCUGGCCAUUACGGCCCGCACCUGCGAGCACGCAACGGACAGGUCGCUUUUGGCUCCUGGCCAUUACGGCCCGCACCUGCGAUCACGCAACGGACAGGCGUGUCCGUAUCAACUACUCGUCUCCAGGUCGCUUUUGGCUCCUGGCCAUUACGGCCCGCACCUGCGAGCACGCAACGGACAGGUUAGUAGGCCGAAACUACGGUAACCCUGUUCGCGAUGCACGACGAUGGCGGUUGCCGCAAGCUCACUUCCCGGCCUGGCAGGUCGCUUUUGGCUCCUGGCCAUUACGGCCCGCACCUGCGAGCACGCAACGGACAGGUCGCUUUUGGCUCCUGGCCAUUACGGCCCGCACCUGCGAGCACGCAACGGACAGGCGUGUCCGUAUCAACUACUCGUCUCCAGGUCGCUUUUGGCUCCUGGCCAUUACGGCCCGCACCUGCGAGCACGCAACGGACAGGUUAGUAGGCCGAAACUACGGUAACCCUGUUCGCGAUGCACGACGAUGGCGGUUGCCGCAAGCUCACUUCCCGGCCUGGCAGGCCGAAACUACGGUAACCCUGUUCGCGAUGCACGACGAUGGCGGUUGCCGCAAGCUCACUUCACGGCCUGGCAGGCGUGUCCGUAUCAACUACUCGUCUCCAGGUCGCUUUUGGCUCCUGGCCAUUACGGCCCGCACCUGCGAGCACGCAACGGACAGGUUAGUAGGCCGAAACUACGGUAACCCUGUUCGCGAUGCACGACGAUGGCGGUUGCCGCAAGCUCACUUCCCGGCCUGGCAGGUCGCUUUUGGCUCCUGGCCAUUACGGCCCGCACCUGCGAGCACGCAACGGACAGGUCGCUUUUGGCUCCUGGCCAUUACGGCCCGCACCUGCGAGCACGCAACGGACAGGUUAGUAGGCCGAAACUACGGUAACCCUGUUCGCGAUGCACGACGAUGGCGGUUGCCGCAAGCUCACUUCCCGGCCUGGCAGGUCGCUUUUGGCUCCUGGCCAUUACGGCCCGCACCUGCGAGCACGCAACGGACAGGUCGCUUUUGGCUCCUGGCCAUUACGGCCCGCACCUGCGAGCACGCAACGGACAGGCGUGUCCGUAUCAACUACUCGUCUCCAGGUCGCUUUUGGCUCCUGGCCAUUACGGCCCGCACCUGCGAGCACGCAACGGACAGGCGUGUCCGUAUCAACUACUCGUCUCCAGGUCGCUUUUGGCUCCUGGCCAUUACGGCCCGCACCUGCGAGCACGCAACGGACAGGUUAGUAGGCCGAAACUACGGUAACCCUGUUCGCGAUGCACGACGAUGGCGGUUGCCGCAAGCUCACUUCCCGGCCUGGCAGGUCGCUUUUGGCUCCUGGCCAUUACGGCCCGCACCUGCGAGCACGCAACGGACAGGUCGCUUUUGGCUCCUGGCCAUUACGGCCCGCACCUGCGAGCACGCAACGGACAGGCGUGUCCGUAUCAACUACUCGUCUCCAGGUCGCUUUUGGCUCCUGGCCAUUACGGCCCGCACCUGCGAGCACGCAACGGACAGCUCACUUCCCGGCCUGGCAGGUCGCUUUUGGCUCCUGGCCAUUACGGCCCGCACCUGCGAGCACGCAACGGACAGGUUAGUAGGCCGAAACUACGGUAACCCUGUUCGCGAUGCACGACGAUGGCGGUUGCCGCAAGCUCACUUCCCGGCCUGGCAGGUCGCUUUUGGCUCCUGGCCAUUACGGCCCGCACCUGCGAGCACGCAACGGACAGGUCGCUUUUGGCUCCUGGCCAUUACGGCCCGCACCUGCGAGCACGCAACGGACAGCUCACUUCCCGGCCUGGCAGGUCGCUUUUGGCUCCUGGCCAUUACGGCCCGCACCUGCGAGCACGCAACGGACAGGUUAGUAGGCCGAAACUACGGUAACCCUGUUCGCGAUGCACGACGAUGGCGGUUGCCGCAAGCUCACUUCCCGGCCUGGCAGGUCGCUUUUGGCUCCUGGCCAUUACGGCCCGCACCUGCGAGCACGCAACGGACAGGUCGCUUUUGGCUCCUGGCCAUUACGGCCCGCACCUGCGAGCACGCAACGGACAGGUUAGUAGGCCGAAACUACGGUAACCCUGUUCGCGAUGCACGACGAUGGCGGUUGCCGCAAGCUCACUUCCCGGCCUGGCAGGUCGCUUUUGGCUCCUGGCCAUUACGGCCCGCACCUGCGAGCACGCAACGGACAGGUCGCUUUUGGCUCCUGGCCAUUACGGCCCGCACCUGCGAGCACGCAACGGACAGGCGUGUCCGUAUCAACUACUCGUCUCCAGGUCGCUUUUGGCUCCUGGCCAUUACGGCCCGCACCUGCGAGCACGCAACGGACAGGCGUGUCCGUAUCAACUACUCGUCUCCAGGUCGCUUUUGGCUCCUGGCCAUUACGGCCCGCACCUGCGAGCACGCAACGGACAGGUUAGUAGGCCGAAACUACGGUAACCCUGUUCGCGAUGCACGACGAUGGCGGUUGCCGCAAGCUCACUUCCCGGCCUGGCAGGUCGCUUUUGGCUCCUGGCCAUUACGGCCCGCACCUGCGAGCACGCAACGGACAGGUCGCUUUUGGCUCCUGGCCAUUACGGCCCGCACCUGCGAGCACGCAACGGACAGGUUAGUAGGCCGAAACUACGGUAACCCUGUUCGCGAUGCACGACGAUGGCGGUUGCCGCAAGCUCACUGCACGGCCUGGCAGGCGUGUCCGUAUCAACUACUCGUCUCGUCUCCAGGUCGCUUUUGGCUCCUGGCCAUUACGGCCCGCACCUGCGAGCACGCAACGGACAGGCGUGUCCGUAUCAACUACUCGUCUCCAGGUCGCUUUUGGCUCCUGGCCAUUACGGCCCGCACCUGCGAGCACGCAACGGACAGACACGUCCGUAUCAACUACUCGUCUCCAGGUCGCUUUUGGCUCCUGGCCAUUACGGCCCGCACCUGCGAGCACGCAACGGACAGGUCGCUUUUGGCUCCUGGCCAUUACGGCCUGCACCUGCGAGCACGCAACGGACAGGCGUGUCCGUAUCAACUACUCGUCUCGUCUCCAGGUCGCUUUUGGCUCCUGGCCAUUACGGCCCGCACCUGCGAGCACGCAACGGACAGGUUAGUAGGCCGAAACUACGGUAACCCUGUUCGCGAUGCACGACGAUGGCGGUUGCCGCAAGCUCACUUCACGGCCUGGCAGGCGUGUCCGUAUCAACUACUCGUCUCGUCUCCAGGUCGCUUUUGGCUCCUGGCCAUUACGGCCCGCACCUGCGAGCACGCAACGGACAGGCGUGUCCGUAUCAACUACUCGUCUCCAGGUCGCUUUUGGCUCCUGGCCAUUACGGCCCGCACCUGCGAGCACGCAACGGACAGGCGUGUCCGUAUCAACUACUCGUCUCCAGGUCGCUUUUGGCUCCUGGCCAUUACGGCCCGCACCUGCGAGCACGCAACGGACAGGCGUGUCCGUAUCAACUACUCGUCUCCAGGUCGCUUUUGGCUCCUGGCCAUUACGGCCCGCACCUGCGAGCACGCAACGGACAGGUUAGUAGGCCGAAACUACGGUAACCCUGUUCGCGAUGCACGACGAUGGCGGUUGCCGCAAGCUCACUUCACGGCCUGGCAGGCGUGUCCGUAUCAACUACUCGUCUCGUCUCCAGGUCGCUUUUGGCUCCUGGCCAUUACGGCCCGCACCUGCGAGCACGCAACGGACAGGCGUGUCCGUAUCAACUACUCGUCUCCAGGUCGCUUUUGGCUCCUGGCCAUUACGGCCCGCACCUGCGAGCACGCAACGGACAGGCGUGUCCGUAUCAACUACUCGUCUCCAGGUCGCUUUUGGCUCCUGGCCAUUACGGCCCGCACCUGCGAGCACGCAACGGACAGGCGUGUCCGUAUCAACUACUCGUCUCCAGGUCGCUUUUGGCUCCUGGCCAUUACGGCCCGCACCUGCGAGCACGCAACGGACAGGCGUGUCCGUAUCAACUACUCGUCUCCAGGUCGCUUUUGGCUCCUGGCCAUUACGGCCCGCACCUGCGAGCACGCAACGGACAGGCGUGUCCGUAUCAACUACUCGUCUCCAGGUCGCUUUUGGCUCCUGGCCAUUACGGCCCGCACCUGCGAGCACGCAACGGACAGGCGUGUCCGUAUCAACUACUCGUCUCCAGGUCGCUUUUGGCUCCUGGCCAUUACGGCCCGCACCUGCGAUCACGCAACGGACAGGCGUGUCCGUAUCAACUACUCGUCUCCAGGUCGCUUUUGGCUCCUGGCCAUUACGGCCCGCACCUGCGAGCACGCAACGGACAGGUUAGUAGGCCGAAACUACGGUAACCCUGUUCGCGAUGCACGACGAUGGCGGUUGCCGCAAGCUCACUUCACGGCCUGGCAGGCGUGUCCGUAUCAACUACUCGUCUCGUCUCCAGGUCGCUUUUGGCUCCUGGCCAUUACGGCCCGCACCUGCGAGCACGCAACGGACAGGCGUGUCCGUAUCAACUACUCGUCUCCAGGUCGCUUUUGGCUCCUGGCCAUUACGGCCCGCACCUGCGAGCACGCAACGGACAGGCGUGUCCGUAUCAACUACUCGUCUCCAGGUCGCUUUUGGCUCCUGGCCAUUACGGCCCGCACCUGCGAGCACGCAACGGACAGGCGUGUCCGUAUCAACUACUCGUCUCCAGGUCGCUUUUGGCUCCUGGCCAUUACGGCCUGCACCUGCGAGCACGCAACGGACAGGUUAGUAGGCCGAAACUACGGUAACCCUGUUCGCGAUGCACGACGAUGGCGGUUGCCGCAAGCUCACUUCACGGCCUGGCAGGCGUGUCCGUAUCAACUACUCGUCUCGUCUCCAGGUCGCUUUUGGCUCCUGGCCAUUACGGCCCGCACCUGCGAGCACGCAACGGACAGGUUAGUAGGCCGAAACUACGGUAACCCUGUUCGCGAUGCACGACGAUGGCGGUUGCCGCAAGCUCACUUCCCGGCCUGGCAGGUCGCUUUUGGCUCCUGGCCAUUACGGCCCGCACCUGCGAGCACGCAACGGACAGGUCGCUUUUGGCUCCUGGCCAUUACGGCCCGCACCUGCGAGCACGCAACGGACAGGUUAGUAGGCCGAAACUACGGUAACCCUGUUCGCGAUGCACGACGAUGGCGGUUGCCGCAAGCUCACUUCCCGGCCUGGCAGGUCGCUUUUGGCUCCUGGCCAUUACGGCCCGCACCUGCGAGCACGCAACGGACAGGUCGCUUUUGGCUCCUGGCCAUUACGGCCCGCACCUGCGAGCACGCAACGGACAGGCGUGUCCGUAUCAACUACUCGUCUCCAGGUCGCUUUUGGCUCCUGGCCAUUACGGCCCGCACCUGCGAGCACGCAACGGACAGGCGUGUCCGUAUCAACUACUCGUCUCCAGGUCGCUUUUGGCUCCUGGCCAUUACGGCCCGCACCUGCGAGCACGCAACGGACAGGCGUGUCCGUAUCAACUACUCGUCUCCAGGUCGCUUUUGGCUCCUGGCCAUUACGGCCUGCACCUGCGAGCACGCAACGGACAGGUUAGUAGGCCGAAACUACGGUAACCCUGUUCGCGAUGCACGACGAUGGCGGUUGCCGCAAGCUCACUUCACGGCCUGGCAGGCGUGUCCGUAUCAACUACUCGUCUCGUCUCCAGGUCGCUUUUGGCUCCUGGCCAUUACGGCCCGCACCUGCGAGCACGCAACGGACAGCUCACUUCCCGGCCUGGCAGACACGUCCGUAUCAACUACUCGUCUCCAGGUCGCUUUUGGCUCCUGGCCAUUACGGCCCGCACCUGCGAGCACGCAACGGACAGGUCGCUUUUGGCUCCUGGCCAUUACGGCCCGCACCUGCGAGCACGCAACGGACAGGUCGCUUUUGGCUCCUGGCCAUUACGGCCCGCACCUGCGAGCACGCAACGGACAGGCGUGUCCGUAUCAACUACUCGUCUCGUCUCCAGGUCGCUUUUGGCUCCUGGCCAUUACGGCCCGCACCUGCGAGCACGCAACGGACAGGUUAGUAGGCCGAAACUACGGUAACCCUGUUCGCGAUGCACGACGAUGGCGGUUGCCGCAAGCUCACUUCCCGGCCUGGCAGGUCGCUUUUGGCUCCUGGCCAUUACGGCCCGCACCUGCGAGCACGCAACGGACAGGUCGCUUUUGGCUCCUGGCCAUUACGGCCCGCACCUGCGAGCACGCAACGGACAGGUUAGUAGGCCGAAACUACGGUAACCCUGUUCGCGAUGCACGACGAUGGCGGUUGCCGCAAGCUCACUUCCCGGCCUGGCAGGUCGCUUUUGGCUCCUGGCCAUUACGGCCCGCACCUGCGAGCACGCAACGGACAGGUCGCUUUUGGUUCCUGGCCAUUACGGCCCGCACCUGCGAGCACGCAACGGACAGGUUAGUAGGCCGAAACUACGGUAACCCUGUUCGCGAUGCACGACGAUGGCGGUUGCCGCAAGCUCACUUCCCGACCUGGCAGGUCGCUUUUGGCUCCUGGCCAUUACGGCCCGCACCUGCGAGCACGCAACGGACAGGUCGCUUUUGGCUCCUGGCCAUUACGGCCCGCACCUGCGAGCACGCAACGGACAGGUUAGUAGGCCGAAACUACGGUAACCCUGUUCGCGAUGCACGACGAUGGCGGUUGCCGCAAGCUCACUUCCCGGCCUGGCAGGUCGCUUUUGGCUCCUGGCCAUUACGGCCCGCACCUGCGAGCACGCAACGGACAGGUCGCUUUUGGCUCCUGGCCAUUACGGCCCGCACCUGCGAGCACGCAACGGACAGGCGUGUCCGUAUCAACUACUCGUCUCCAGGUCGCUUUUGGCUCCUGGCCAUUACGGCCCGCACCUGCGAGCACGCAACGGACAGGUUACUAGGCCGAAACUACGGUAACCCUGUUCGCGAUGCACGACGAUGGCGGUUGCCGCAAGCUCACUUCACGGCCUGGCAGGUGUGUCGCUUUUGGCUCCUGGCCAUUACGGCCCGCACCUGCGAGCACGCAACGGACAGGUUAGUAGGCCGAAACUACGGUAACCCUGUUCGCGAUGCACGACGAUGGCGGUUGCCGCAAGCUCACUUCCCGACCUGGCAGGUCGCUUUUGGCUCCUGGCCAUUACGGCCCGCACCUGCGAGCACGCAACGGACAGGUCGCUUUUGGCUCCUGGCCAUUACGGCCCGCACCUGCGAGCACGCAACGGACAGGCGUGUCCGUAUCAACUACUCGUCUCCAGGUCGCUUUUGGCUCCUGGCCAUUACGGCCCGCACCUGCGAGCACGCAACGGACAGCUCACUUCCCGGCCUGGCAGGUCGCUUUUGGCUCCUGGCCAUUACGGCCCGCACCUGCGAGCACGCAACGGACAGGUUAGUAGGCCGAAACUACGGUAACCCUGUUCGCGAUGCACGACGAUGGCGGUUGCCGCAAGCUCACUUCCCGGCCUGGCAGGUCGCUUUUGGCUCCUGGCCAUUACGGCCCGCACCUGCGAGCACGCAACGGACAGGUCGCUUUUGGCUCCUGGCCAUUACGGCCCGCACCUGCGAGCACGCAACGGACAGGUUAGUAGGCCGAAACUACGGUAACCCUGUUCGCGAUGCACGACGAUGGCGGUUGCCGCAAGCUCACUUCCCGGCCUGGCAGGUCGCUUUUGGCUCCUGGCCAUUACGGCCCGCACCUGCGAGCACGCAACGGACAGGUCGCUUUUGGCUCCUGGCCAUUACGGCCCGCACCUGCGAGCACGCAACGGACAGGUUAGUAGGCCGAAACUACGGUAACCCUGUUCGCGAUGCACGACGAUGGCGGUUGCCGCAAGCUCACUUCCCGGCCUGGCAGGUCGCUUUUGGCUCCUGGCCAUUACGGCCCGCACCUGCGAGCACGCAACGGACAGGUCGCUUUUGGCUCCUGGCCAUUACGGCCCGCACCUGCGAUCACGCAACGGACAGGUCGCUUUUGGCUCCUGGCCAUUACGGCCCGCACCUGCGAGCACGCAACGGACAGGUUACUAGGCCGAAACUACGCUCACUUCCCGGCCUGGCAGGCGUGUCCGUAUCAACUACUCGUCUCCAGGUCGCUUUUGGCUCCUGGCCAUUACGGCCCGCACCUGCGAGCACGCAACGGACAGGUCGCUUUUGGCUCCUGGCCAUUACGGCCCGCACCUGCGAGCACGCAACGGACAGGCGUGUCCGUAUCAACUACUCGUCUCCAGGUCGCUUUUGGCUCCUGGCCAUUACGGCCCGCACCUGCGAGCACGCAACGGACAGCUCACUUCCCGGCCUGGCAGGUCGCUUUUGGCUCCUGGCCAUUACGGCCCGCACCUGCGAGCACGCAACGGACAGGUUAGUAGGCCGAAACUACGGUAACCCUGUUCGCGAUGCACGACGAUGGCGGUUGCCGCAAGCUCACUUCCCGGCCUGGCAGGUCGCUUUUGGCUCCUGGCCAUUACGGCCCGCACCUGCGAGCACGCAACGGACAGGUCGCUUUUGGCUCCUGGCCAUUACGGCCCGCACCUGCGAUCACGCAACGGACAGGCGUGUCCGUAUCAACUACUCGUCUCCAGGUCGCUUUUGGCUCCUGGCCAUUACGGCCCGCACCUGCGAGCACGCAACGGACAGGCGUGUCCGUAUCAACUACUCGUCUCCAGGUCGCUUUUGGCUCCUGGCCAUUACGGCCCGCACCUGCGAGCACGCAACGGACAGGCGUGUCCGUAUCAACUACUCGUCUCCAGGUCGCUUUUGGCUCCUGGCCAUUACGGCCCGCACCUGCGAUCACGCAACGGACAGGUUAGUAGGCCGAAACUACGGUAACCCUGUUCGCGAUGCACGACGAUGGCGGUUGCCGCAAGCUCACUUCCCGGCCUGGCAGGCGUGUCCGUAUCAACUACUCGUCUCCAGGUCGCUUUUGGCUCCUGGCCAUUACGGCCCGCACCUGCGAGCACGCAACGGACAGGUUACUAGGCCGAAACUACGGCGUGUCCGUAUCAACUACUCGUCUCCAGGUCGCUUUUGGCUCCUGGCCAUUACGGCCCGCACCUGCGAGCACGCAACGGACAGGCGUGUCCGUAUCAACUACUCGUCUCCAGGUCGCUUUUGGCUCCUGGCCAUUACGGCCCGCACCUGCGAGCACGCAACGGACAGCUCACUUCCCGGCCUGGCAGGUCGCUUUUGGCUCCUGGCCAUUACGGCCCGCACCUGCGAGCACGCAACGGACAGGUUAGUAGGCCGAAACUACGGUAACCCUGUUCGCGAUGCACGACGAUGGCGGUUGCCGCAAGCUCACUUCCCGGCCUGGCAGGUCGCUUUUGGCUCCUGGCCAUUACGGCCCGCACCUGCGAGCACGCAACGGACAGGUCGCUUUUGGCUCCUGGCCAUUACGGCCCGCACCUGCGAGCACGCAACGGACAGGUUAGUAGGCCGAAACUACGGUAACCCUGUUCGCGAUGCACGACGAUGGCGGUUGCCGCAAGCUCACUUCCCGGCCUGGCAGGUCGCUUUUGGCUCCUGGCCAUUACGGCCCGCACCUGCGAGCACGCAACGGACAGGUUAG